AUGGCUCCAGUCAGGGCCUUGAUUAUUGGAGCUGGAAACAGGGGAGAAAUGUACGCUAGGUUCUCACUUGACAACAGUGAGCGCUUUCAGGUUGUUGGUGUUGCCGAUCCUGGGCUGCUCAGGCGACAACGUCUUCAGCAACAGUUCAACAUUCUUGAGAAAAAUGUCUUCACAGAUUGGCAGAAAGCUGCGGAGAGGGAAAAGUUUGCCGACUGUGUUGUCAUAGCAACCCCCGACCAGCUACACAAAGGUCCUGCCCUGGCCUUCGCCGACAGAGGCUACCACAUUCUUCUGGAGAAACCCAUGGCACUUACAGAGGAGGACUGUCGUGAGAUUGUGACGGCCUGUGAGAAGAACAAUGUCAUCCUAUCUGUGUGCCAUGAGCUAAGAUACAACCCACCUGCCAGGAAAAUAAAGGAACUGAUUGAGAGUGGAGCCAUCGGGGACAUAAUUAACAUUCAACACAUUGAUCCGGUGGGAUUUUGGCACUUUGCGCACUGCUUCGUGCGAGGACCGUGGCGGAACACAGCUGGCAGUAGCUUUUCUCUUCUCACCAAACACUGCCACGACAUUGACAUCAUACGCUACUGGCUUAGCGGUUCAAGUUGCGUCAAGGUGUCCUCCUUUGGAAGUCUUAAGCAUUUCGUGCCUGAAAACAAGCCAACUGGUGCAGCCAGCAGGUGCAUGGACUGCCAGGUGGAGGACUCCUGUCCUUAUUCGGCAAAAAAGAUCUACCUAGAGCGGGCGAAACAGGGCUGUACCGGCUUCCCAGUCAGCGUGGUGUGUCUCCAGGAGCCGGUGGAUGUAGAAAAUCUGACCGAGGCACUGAGAACUGGGCCGUACGGACGCUGUGUGUACGAGUGUGACAACGACGUUGUUUCCAAUCAGGUCUUGAACUUCCAGUUUGAUGGAGGACAGACGGUUUCCUCCAACAUGGUGGGCUUCACACAGGAGGUCUGUGAGCGACAGACCAGGAUCUCGGGCACCAAGGGUGAGCUGCGCUGGUCCAGUCCCGGUCCCGUGUAUGUGUAUGACUUCCUGACUCAGACAUCCACGGAACAUCCCUGUGCAGCAGCGCCCCCUAACAGGAUGCGUGAAAUGCAUGGCGGUGACUACUUCCUGAUGGAUGCCUUUGUUAAGGCUGUUCAGACCGGUGACCGUUCCUGCGUACUGAGCGGACCACAGGAGACUCUGCAGAGCCACCUGCUGGUGUUUGCUACUGAGCAGGCUCGUCUGCAGGACAGGGUCAUUACCAUAAACCCUGAUGGUUCCUACAGCUGA